AAUCCUGCCGACAACGAAGCUUUUUUUAUUUUAUUUUCAGAACCUUACGCAAACCGAAAGCGUCAGGUCAGCCUCCAGAGCACGUUGAUUUUUUUUAGAAUUCGACUACUUAUAUGGUUCAUUUCUGAGCGGACUGCAAAGAAAUUAUCGUUUCUAUGGUAACAAACGUAGCGUUCUCCACCGGAUAAUCAUGGCGGAUGAUUUGGAUGAUUUACUUGAUGAAGUCGAAUCAAAGUUUUGUUGUAGCACGUCUGCGUCCAAACGAUCAACUUACGCUUUAAACCAAACGGACCAUAAAUGUGCGAAUCCUGAGGACAAGAAACAGUCAAGAAAACAACAAGGCAAAAAAGUUCAGCAUGAUAAUGAUGAUAUUGACGCUAUGCUGCAGGAAAUACUGGAUGAGGAUUAUCAACCCAUCAGCACUCAUGAACCCACUGCAGACAAGACUUCCACAAGUGAUUCAUGUUCUCAGACAAUGUCCAAGAAAUGCUGUCCAGUGUUUCUUGGUGGAAGCUCUGUACCUCACGGUGUUGGAACCAGCGUUUCUCAAAGGGCCUGCAACCAUUUAAGAUGUACGUCUUGCGAUUUCAGCGUAAUCAUGUUUGAGGAUCACGAGUGGGACUCCUCCUGUGACUACUUAUUUUUCAGGAAUAACAUGCCGGACUAUCACAAACUAAAAGCCAAACUAAGAAGGAAAAGGGGUGGGCGUGCGUACGCCUGUCAAUGUAGCUGGCACUCGACCCUGAUGCUCUCAGACCUGAGGGAACAACAGCAGCUAAAGUGGGUUUGCGGCAAACACAAAGAAUGAACACAAGUCUGCGACAGUUCUCUGAAAUCUUAUCUGUGUCCACAAGCAAGUGUUGCAUGCUCUCUCCUCACAAAAGAGAAUGCUGGCCAUUUUCAAAAUUAGCUUUGUGCGGUUUGUGGGGCUGGACAACAAAAAUAAGUUUUGUGUUCUUCGCUGAGUGUGGUUUUUUGUGUGUGUGAAGUAAUUGUGAGUGUCUUUGUCGACGCCACAUUCUCCCUUACAAUGAUGAAGCACUGUGGCUGAUUUAUAUUGUGUAGACUAUUAUUUUGAUUAAUGAAAGACUGUAACAUAUGCAAAUAUUCUAAAUACACAUGCAAAUUUUUAGACAUUUUGCACAAUUGAGAGUUAAAAAAAAAUUAGAUUGGAUCCAUCUGUGAGGUUAAUAAUAGAAUGGUUAAUUGUUUAGAAUGUUUAUUAUAAAAUAGACGAACAAUGUCAAUUUUUUGUUGUUGUUCUUCCAGAAUAUUCUUAACAAACACUCAGGUAUUGCAAGGGCCCGUCUGUGUUACAUUCCAUGGUUUUCAGGCACGUGUUGUUGUGAAUC